CGAUUGUGCAGCAGAGCCCAGAGGGCUCAGUCCUGGGCAUGGCCCUCCCGGAGACCCUGAAAGGUGCAAGUGUCCACUCUUAAGGAAGGGCGCCCCUUGGGGUCGCUCGCGAUGGCAUCUUAAGGGUUGAUCGAUCGAUGGGCCACGAAGGGGGCUCUGAUGGCGGCCUGCAGUUAAAGAUGGAUUAGAGGAAUCCAGCUAUCCAUUACCAAGAAGAAAUCUUUUAAUUUUUAGACUGGGGAAUUCCUUUACGUUAAAAAAAAAAAUUAAAAUGAAGGAAUUGUUGGAUGGCGAACGUGAAAAGGCAAUGGCACCCCAGCCAGGCCUUCUGGACAAAAUUAAAGAAGAACCUGACAAUGCACAAAACUGCAAGAUCAGUGAGUUUGGAACAGAAGAGGAAUAUGGAGAAUCCAUAAAACCAAAAACUCAGGAGAGUGAACUAAAAAUCAGUGCUGUGUUUUCAGUGAGUGACAAUUCACUUGGUAAGAAAAUAGAACUAUCCCAAAAGUUGACCCCAGUCUUUCAGUUUCCUGUUGCGUCAUCUGCCCCAAAUGCAUUUCUACCUUCAGUUCCAGCUGUGGCCCUUCAGGUUUUUUGUUCGGGUUGUAAAAAAAUGCUUUAUAAGGGACAGACUGCAUAUCACAAGACAGGAUCUACACAACUCUUUUGUUCUACACAGUGCAUCACGGGAUUGCCUUUACCUGUCAGCCUACCACCUCCUCCCAAGAAAACCUGCACCAAUUGUUUGAAAAACAUUUUAAAUCCAAAGGAUGUGAUCACGAUUCAAUUUGAAAAUUCCUCUGCUAGCAAAGAUUUCUGUAGCAAAUCAUGCCUUUCUUCUUAUCAGUUAAAGAAAAAGCCUGUUGUUACCAUAUAUACCAAUGGCAGCUUGACUAAAUGCAGUAUGUGUCAAAAGAAUGCUGAUAUUCGAUUUGAAGUUAAAUAUCAAAAUGUGGUACACAGUCUCUGUAGUGAUGCCUGCUUUUCAAAAUUUCACUCUACCAACAACCUUACCAUGAAGUGUUGUGAGAACUGUGGAAGCUAUUGCUAUAGUAGCUCUGGUCCUGCCCAAUCGCAGAAGGUUUUUAGUUCAACAAGUGUCACAGCAUAUAAGCAGAAUUCAGCCCAAACUCCUCCAUAUGCCUUGGGGAAAUCAUUGAGACCCUCAGCUGAAAUGAUUGAGACGACAAAUGACUCUGGCAAAACAGAGCUUUUCUGCUCUGUCAACUGCUUAUCUGCUUACAGAGUUAAGACAGUUAUUUCUUCAGGUGGUCAAGUUUCGUGUCAUAGUUGUAAAACUUCUGCAGUUCCUCAGUAUCAUCUCGCCAUGUCCAAUGGAAUGGUGUACAGCUUCUGUAGUUCCAAUUGUGUAGUGGCUUUUCAGAAUGUAUUUAGCAAGCCAAAAGGACCAAAUGCUUCAGCAGUGCCCCAGUCUCAGGGCAAAGUGAUUGUAAGUCCACCCUCUGGGCCAGCAGUAUCCGCAGGAGGAGGUAAAGCCUGUGUGGUUCCUCCCAGCUCCAUCAGUGAUUCUUCUGCAGCCAGUUUCCAGCCUCUUGCUGCUCAACCCCAGCAGGUUGCUUCCACACAGACACUUAUUAAACUCAAGUGUCAACACUGUAACCAUCUAUUUGCCACAAAACCGGAACUUCUUUUCUACAAGAAUAAGAUGUUUCUCUUUUGUGGCAAGCUUUGUUCUGAUGAAUACAAAAAGAAAAAUAAAAUUAUGGCAAUGUGUGACUACUGCAAACUGCAGAAAAUUAUAAAGGAGACAGUACGGUUCUCAGGGGUUGAUAAGCCAUUCUGUAGUGAAGUUUGCAAGUUCCUUUCUGCCCGUGACUUUGGAGAACGAUGGGGAAACUAUUGUAAGAUGUGUAGUUACUGUUCACAGACAUCCCCUAAUUUGGUCGAAAAUCGAUUGGAGGGCAAGUUAGAAGAGUUUUGUUGUGAAGAUUGCAUGUCCAAAUUUACAGUUUUAUUUUAUCAGAUGGCCAAAUGUGAUGGUUGCAAACGGCAGGGAAAGCUAACUGAGUCUAUAAAAUGGCGAGGAAACAUCAAACAUUUCUGCAGUCUGUUUUGUGUCUUGCAGUUUUGUCAUCAGCAAAUUACGAGUGACUCUCUUUCACAAAAUAAAGUAAAUAUUCCUAAAGCACAAACUGCUUUAAUGGCACUUCCUUCAAUAAAGACGAAUACUACACCAAUUAUAACCAAUGUGGUGUCAUUGGCAAAGAUACCUCCUGCGCAUCUCACAGGCUACACUAACAGUCCUUCAAAAGGUGCAAUUACUAAGGAGGCAGCAAAGAUCAUUGGAGAGGGAAAUGCACAGACAGAUGCCACGAAACUUCUAUCUUCCCAGACUUCCAGACUUUUAAAGAACAAAGCAUUAUUAUGCAAACCUGUCACUCAGACCAAGGCUACCUCUUGCAAACCACAUACACAACACAAGGAAUGUCAGACAGAUUUACCAGUGCCUAAUGAGAAAAAGAAUGCAGAACUUGAUUCUCCACCUGCAAAGAAAAAAAGAAUAGAUUUUCUCCAGACUUAUGAUGCGGAGUAUCUAAAAGUUGGUUUUAUUGUUUGUCCUGGAUCAAAAGAAAGUUCGCCGAGGCCUCAGUGCGUCAUUUGUGGAGAAAUCUUAUCCAGUGAAAACAUGAAGCCCGCAAAUCUUUCCUAUCACUUGAAGACAAAACAUUCGGAAUUAGAAAACAAACCAUUAGAUUUCUUUGAACAAAAAUCUCUUGAAAUGGAAUGUCAAAACAGUUCUUUUAAAAAGUGUUUACUAGUUGAAAAGUCACUCGUGAAAGCUUCUUAUUUAAUUGCUUUUCAAAUUGCUGCCAGCAAGAAGCCAUUCUCUAUUGCUGAAGAAUUAAUUAAGCCAUAUUUAGUAGAAAUGUGUUCCGAAGUUUUGGGUUCAAGUGCUGGAGACAAAAUGAAAACCAUUCCUCUUUCUGAUAACACAAUUGAACACAGGAUUGAUGAACUGUCAGCAGACAUUGAAGAUCAGCUGAUUCAGAAAGUCAGGGAAUCAAAGUGGUUUGCCCUUCAGAUAGAUGAAUCAUCAGAAAUUGCAAAUACCACUCUUCUUUUGUGCUAUAUCCGUUUCAUUGAUUAUGAAUGUAGUGAUAUAAAAGAAGAAUUAUUAUGUUGCACUGAAAUGCCAUCUCAUGUAACUGGUUUUGAAAUAUUUGAGCUAAUAAAUAAAUAUAUUGCUAGUAAAUCUCUGAAUUGGAAACAUUGUGUUGGUCUCUGUACAGAUGGGACUGCAAGCAUGACUGACAGGUGUUCUGGUUUAAGGACAAAAAUUAAAGAAGUUGCCAUGAAUACGGUGGCAUUUACACAUUGUUUGAUUCACCGUGAACAUUUAGCAGCAGCAAAGCUGUCUCCCUGCUUACAUGAAAUUAUUUUGCAGUUAGCACAAAUUUUAAGUUUUAUAAAGAGCAAUGCAUUAAAUUCAAGAAUGCUAUCAAUUUUGUGUGAAGAGAUGGGGUCUGAGCAUAUGAAUUUGCCACUUCAUGCUGAAGUACGUUGGAUGUCCAGAGGAAAAGUUUUAACAAGAUUAUUUGAAUUACGACAUGAAAUUGAAAUCUUUUUAAAUCAGAAGCAUUCAAAUUUGGCCAGGUAUUUUCUUGAUGAGGAAUGGGUUGCCAAGCUGGCCUAUUUAUCAGAUAUUUUUUCAAUUAUCAAUGAACUGAAUUUAAGUCUUCAAGGAACUAUGACUACUCUCUUCAAUUUGUAUAAUAAAAUUGAUGUAUUUAAGGAAAAGUUAAAAAUGUGGCUGAAGCGCACACAAGAGAACGAUUAUGACAUGUUCCCUUCAUUUUCUGAAUUCUCAAGCUCCUCAGAUUUUAAUAAGAGAAGCAUGGCUUGCAUCAUUUUUGAGCACCUGAAAGGACUUUCUCAAAUGCUCAAUGACUGCUAUCCACCAGAAGAAGACUUGCGUUCAGGAAAUCUGUGGAUAAUUAAUCCUUUCAUGAAUCAUCAAAAUAGUAAUCUCACGGAAUUUGAAGAAGAAAAACUAGCUCAGUUAUCUUCAGAUUUAGGAUUACAAUACUCAUUUAAAUCAAUGCCUGUAACUCAGUUUUGGGUAAAUGCAAGGACGAGUUACCCAGAACUCCAUGAAAAGGCAAUGAAGUUUUUAUUGCCCUUUUCAACUAUUUAUUUAUGUGAUGCUACAUUUUCAGCUUUGACUGAAUCAAAAGAGAGAAAUCUGCUGGUUUCUGGCCGUGCUCUGAGACUUGCAGUCACAUCUUUAAUUCCAAGGAUAGAAAAAUUGGUAAAGGAGAAAGAAUAGAAAAACGUCCAUGUUGAUUAUUAUUAAAGUCUUUAAUUUUGUGUUAAAUUUUGUAUCAAUCAAUUCUCAAAUAUAAUUUCAUAAUAUGGAUAUGUUUUCAGUGAUUAAAUGUGUUUUAAUUAUUU